GUCGGUAAAAGCCAAAUAUUUAAGGAUGUAACGAACACGCAUAGUAGGCCCACCUGGACGUACCAUCGUAGGCCCUGACCGCUGUGUCAGUACUGACGCGAGUGUCAGUCGGCAACGAGUUGAUACAGAGAUUUUACCGCGUAUAACCGUUUAAAUUCUGUUUUCAUCCCAACAAACUGUUCCUACCCACUUUUAUAAUAAUAAAUACCGUUUGCUUGAGUGCGGGUUGUUACUCUAAGUAAGCUAGUGUAACAAGGAUAAUUUUUUUUUCAAAGAAACUUCCACAGGCUACUGUAAUGCUUUUUACAAAACUUCUGGAUUCCUCCUGCGUCGGUUUUUGCUCAGUCGAAUUGCUGACGUUUCGCCAAUCAUCCUCUUGACUUCUUCAGAGCUUGACUGAAAAUUCAAAGUUUUGAAUCGAGUCAUCGCACUGAACCGAGCUCCGGCUACUGGCAGCUGGAGCUGGACAAAGACUUGGUCGAUACAAUCUCGGCCAUCUACCCGGACUGGUUCAGGGACAAGAUGGAGGGGGGCGGCAGCGCGGGCGGCGGCCAGUCUCCCGCGCGCGACUCGCCGCCCAAGGCGGUCAUCGACACCUCCCCGAUCCUGAUGGAUCAGAACAAAGAGUCCCUGAAGGUCAAGUUGCUGUUGCGGAGGCCCUUCGAUCAGCUAGUCGCUCAGGGAAUCAUGCCUCCGCACAAGACUCCGGCCGUGUACCACGGCCAGCGGCGCCAGCUGGAGCGGGCCAAGACCGGCGACAUGCUCAAGGCGAAGAUCCAGCAGAGGCCGCCACGGCAGGAGCUCGAGCGCCGCCACAUCCUCGAGGCGGACGCGAACCACGCGGACCCGAGCCUCGCCGAGCGACAGCGCAUGCUCAAAAAAGCGCGCCUCGCCGACCAGCUCAACGACCAACUGUCGCACCGGCCGGGUCCGCUCGAGCUCAUCCAAAAGAACAUCCUCCAUACGGAGGAGCCGAUCGAGCAGGCCGUGAAAACCGGUCGGAUUCCGUACAAGGCGACCAGCGAGGGCCAGCUGAACCGGCCCCAACACCCGCAGAACUACGUCAACCCCGAGGAAGACUCGCAGAGCUCGGAGGGCGGCGAUAACGUGAGUCCGGGGCCUAGCGACGUGCUGGAGACGGCGGCCAAGUCCGCGGGCAUCGUGGUGUCGCUGCUGCAGCCCGCCGACGGUACCGUCGUCGUCACGCCGGUACUGAAACAGGAGGGCAACGAGAUAGUGUUCGCGGCGGACUUGUGUCGAUCGGUGCUGCCUCAGGGCUCGAGCCCCGCGUCCCUCGUGUCGUCUACGUCGACCCUGAGCCCUCUCUCGUCGGUCGCCAGUCCGGUGCCGUCAAUCGUGUCGCAGCCCGCGACCCCGGCGCCUCCGCCCCCGCCGCCGCCGCCGAUAGCGCUCGCGUCGCGACCCAAGUGCGACGCGCCCGGCAAAGACAAAAACAACCGCAAAAAGUCCAAGUCCAAGUCGGUGCCGAAGGCGCGCACCAUCAAGUUCCACGAGUACAAAGGGCCGCCGAGCGCACAGAAGAGUCCCGCGGGCGGCGCGCAGUCGGGCGAGAGCUCGUACGAUCUCCUGCUGAAGCAGCAGACGUUGCUGCUCCAGUUCCAGCUGCAGCUCCAGCACAAGUACCCGCAGAUCAUCUUGCCCGCGUCGCAGAAGACAGAACCGCAGGCGUCGAACCCCAACGCGCAGCAGCAGCAGCAGCAGCAGCAACCGUCUCCCGCGCCGUCGACGUCUUCGGAGUGUUCCGUCGCGCCGGGCCGCAUCUCCGUCCGCCUGGAAGACAUGAAGGUCAGCGACCUCAAAGCGGAACUGAAACGUCGCAGCUUGCCCGUGUCCGGCUCGAAGCCGCAGCUGAUCGAGCGCCUGAAACCGUUCGCCGCCUCGCCGGACAACAACCUCGGCCACACCGUAGACUCGUCGAGCAUGGACCACAGCCACAAUUCGCCGCCGUUCCAAGACCUCGGCUCGCCCCACGACUCCCUCAAGGAGGAGCCGUCGUCGACCGAUCUGAUGGAAGUGGGCGAGGCCGCGAGUCCGGCACCGUCGCAGGACGCCAAAACCAACGAGGACAUCGUCAGGGAGCAGCAGCGCCAGAUCGAGGAGCUGCAACGGGAACUGACGCUGAGCCAGCUGAAGCUGCAGGCGGCCACGCGGAUCGAGCCCAAGGCGCAGAUGGUCGCGCUCCAGAAACACCUGCAGGCGCGACAGCAGCAACAGCAGCAGCAGCAGAAUCUCGCGCUGCAAAUGAGGCAGCUGCAGGCGCUGCAGUCGCGGCAGGCGGCGCGCGUCGACGAGGAGCAGCAACGGUUGCAGCAGCAGCAGCACGUCGCGUUCCAGAACCAGAAGAACCUCGCUGGUCUGGUGCUGAACGGCACUGACGCGGCGAUGAUGUUCAACCAGCUGAUGCAGGGCAAGGCGAAGGUGGCGAACGGGCACUACCAUCACGCGCGCACCAACUCGCUGCCGAACUUCUUGAGCGACGGCGCGACGCCUCUGCCGGACGUGAAGGCGGAACCGACGGAGAAGGACAAGAAGGACAGCGUGAAGAGCCAGAUCGUGGACGACGUGCUCGAGAUACUGAUCAAGAACGGGGAAUUGCCGCCGAGCGCGGCCAACGACCCGGCCACGCCCCAACUGAUCAAGCAGCAGGAGCCCGAGUACCCGACGGACGCGGACGCGAUAGACGUGAACGGGCUCGGCAUCGAUCCGGCCGACAUCUUGGACACGCUCGACAACCUGGACGGCAUGGACUUUUCGCAGUUCGUCAUGGAGAUGGCGCCCGCGGACAACAACAACGUGCAGGCGGCGCAGGUCUGCGACGUCGUGCCCAUGGACACCGACGAUUGGCUGGAGUCGCUCUUGCCGGGCGGCGGUAACAACAACUACGGGGGCGGUGGCGGCGGCGGCGGCGCCGAUUUGGGCGGCUACGACCCUCUGCUCGCCGUCUCGCAGGACCCCUUCGACCCGUUCAACCUCGAGGAGUUUCGGUCGACGGCGGACCUCGCGGCCUCCAUUUCGUGGGACAAGAUCGACUACGCGACGUAGGGCGUGGCCGGCCGCGACGGUGCCGGCAACAAUUGACAUUCCACGAUUCCACGAACGCGAGUUAGUUACGGGAAAAUGGCCGCCAUCGCGCCGGACGGGACCAGGGCGGCCGCGGACUAGCCCCGCGCGUGUGCGUGUGUGAGUGCGCGCGCGCGCGCGCUUAGGUUAAGUAAGUAAUUCGGUGGCGCGAGUCGGGGACCCGGUGGUGGGCGGGGCCCGUCGGCAUUCCUAGUCACGUUAACGUACUUAAUCGAGGGAGUGGCGGCGGGGCGUCGCGGUUAACUUUAAAUCGACGGUUGUACGACGACGUCCGCUCAAACUGAAACGAAAAAGCCGUCACGCCAACUGUUUUCGGACCAAAUUUUUUAUACGCAAUAAUUUAACUAGCUAGGGGAGUAGUUUAGGGUAAUUCGUAACGAUCGACGGGCUCUCUGUCCGCUCCCCUCGCGCCCGGCCCCCGGGCACUUCCGCUAAUAGAUUUUUUUUCGCCUAAUACUAUUGUAUAAAGAGCAUUAAUUUUUUUUUUUUGGAUAUUACGUAUACUUAUUAUAUCGCGAUGGUUAUUGCUGUUCCGGCCGGAUCGGUCAAUAAAUAAAAUGUUAUUUAA